AUGGACUACAGUGUGAUACUGUAUGUAGUUGUAUCAGGUGUUGUAUCAGUGUCACGUGGUAUGCCUGCUGACGCCACUCAGAUGUGUAGUGAGGUUUUAGGUCUUGAUUGUUCCACUGACUAUAUCGUACACGGAGAGGAGACCCUGUGUGGCACAGAUGGGGUGACUUACCUCAACAAAUGUUUCCAUGUCCAGGCGCGAUGCAAUGACGUCACAAUCAAUAAAGCGUACGAUGGUAAAUGUCAAAAUGAUGUUACAACGAACGUUGAAACAGCCAAGACGACAUUGGAGACAACAAAUCUAGCGGAGGUGUCUACGAUGACGUCCGAGUAUAACUUCCAGUUAAACGAACAAUUUUGUAACACGUCACUGGACGACCCAUGUCCAACUAUUUUAGACCCUUUGUGUGGAACUGACUUUAAGUUUUAUCAGAACGUGUGUGAAUUCCAAAAAAGCAAAUGUGUGGACAGAACUCUAGAACUACAAUCUUUAAGUAACUGCAAAGAUGGAAAACAUAGCCUGCAAAAUCUGUGGUGUUUGCACGUUGCAUUCGAGUCAAUAUUAAAAUUCCCCUAUAUCUCGAAUCCGAGAUAUCGACAACUGCUGGACAAAUACAUAGCACAGACUUCGAGAAAUCUAUGUCGCCAGUCAGUAGAUAAAGACAAUAUGGAGGAUUUAGUAGGAUUGCUUUUCCUGAUAUUCACAGCCCUUAUCCAACGAGGGGAGACCGGUCUGCCCGUAGUAUCUAUAGACCAACUUUGUGAACAGGUUGAACACAUGGAUUGUGAUACAGAAUAUGUUAGCCACGGAGACGAACAGACAUGUGGCAUGGAUGGAAUAACGUAUGAAAAUUUUUGCCACUACGCUAAAGCCAGGUGUUCCAACGUUAACAUAGGUAUCACUAAUGUGGGCAGCUGUAUUGUAGAUGAUAUUAGGAGUACCCCGCCACCGGACCGCACAACAACACCACAUCCUGACGUCAUAAUACAGUUUUUCUGUAAGAAUGCCGAUAAUAUUGACUGCCUGCUAGAAGGUCAUGACCCCUACUGUGGUAACGACGGCCUAACAUACCAAAAUCUGUGUGCUUUUGCCAAAGCGAAAUGUGUAGACCCAAAUUUAGAGUCACAAAGUUUACAGUAUUGUAAAGAUGCAAGUACAAUACAAGAAAUUGGGAAGUAA